AUGUCUGGGCUACAAACUCUUCAUUUGAUGCCUAUCCCCCUGGCAUUCACCGCUGGCAUUUUCCCUGUUGUGCUCUACAUGCUACUAGAUCGGCUGCCUCCCAUAUGGCCGUCCUCGAAGAAGGCCAUGAUGAUUGGGCCAAAACAACCGCAAGAUAUAACUUCAUUCGAGUGUCCUUACAGUUAUAUACGCCAGAUCUAUGGGAAGUAUCACUGGGCUCCUUUCAUUCAUAAGGUCUCACCGGGUCUUAAAGAUACAAACCCGAAGAAAUAUAAGUGGAUUCUUGAAGUUAUGGAUACCAUCCAUCUAUGCCUUAUGAUGGUAGAUGAUAUAUCUGAUAACAGCGAUUUUCGGAAAGGCAAGCCAGCAGCGCAUAGAGUCUAUGGCCCAUCGGAAACAGCAAACAGGGCAUACUACCAGGUGACGCAGAUCCUGAACGAGACCGUGAAGCAAUGGCCAAGCCUUGCGCCAUUUUUGAUGCAGAACCUAGAAGAAAUUCUGCAUGGUCAGGAUCUCUCUCUCGUCUGGCGUCGUGACGGACUCAGUAGCCUACCUACUGGGGCUGAAGAACGAAUGGCAGCAUAUAAAGAAAUGGCUUCGUUGAAGACAGGCGCUCUGUUCCGCCUCAUGGGCCAACUGGUAUUGGAGGAUAAAUCGGCAGAUAAAACGCUGACCACUCUCGCAUGGUGUUCACAACUGCAGAACGAUUUCAAGAACGUUUAUUCCUCAGAAUACGCAAAAACAAAGGGAUCACUUGCAGAAGACCUUCGGAAUCAUGAAUUCUCGUUCCCUAUCAUUGUUGCACUAGAGGCUCCUGGAGGAGAGUGGGUUGCCAGAGCUCUGGAAUCGGGGUCACCUCGGAACAUACGAAAAGCACUUGAGGUGAUACAGAGCGAAAGUGUCCGGAACGCCUGUUUUACUGAGCUCAAGUUUUCUAGCGCCUCUGUUCAGGACUGGCUCGCCAUUUGGGGCCGUGAUGAGAAAAUGAACUUGAAGAGUCAGAAGAGGUGA